UCGUUUUCCUGCCUAUAUCCGGCGUAGUCUGACGGCCUUCCGUCUUUCGGCUCGGAGGAGGCCAAGGUGCAACUUGCUUCGGUCGUCCCGAAUCCGGGUUCAUCCGACACCAGCUGCCUCCACCAUGCCGCCUAAGUUCGACCCCAAUGAGAUCAAAGUCGUAUAUCUGAGGUGCACCGGUGGGGAAGUCGGUGCCACGUCUGCCCUGGCCCCCAAGAUCGGCCCCUUGGGUCUGUCUCCCAAAAAGGUUGGUGAUGACAUUGCCAAGGCAACUGGUGAUUGGAAGGGUCUGAGGAUUACAGUGAAACUGACCAUUCAGAACAGACAGGCCCAGAUCGAGGUGGUGCCUUCUGCCUCUGCCCUGAUCAUCAAAGCCCUUAAGGAGCCACCAAGAGACAGAAAGAAGCAGAAAAACAUUAAGCACAGCGGAAAUAUCACUUUUGAUGAGAUUGUAAACAUUGCCCGACAGAUGCGGCACCGAUCUUUAGCUAGAGAACUUUCUGGAACCAUUAAAGAGAUCCUGGGGACUGCCCAGUCUGUGGGAUGCAAUGUUGAUGGCCGUCACCCUCAUGACAUCAUAGAUGACAUCAACAGUGGUGCAGUGGAAUGCCCAACGAGUUAAGUACUGCAAAGGAAAAUGUCAAUAAAGGAUAAUUUGACAACCAA